GAAGCGACACAGCCGACGCCGCAUAAAUAGCGGCUCGCGGGGGGCCCCCGGCGCUUAGUGACGAGAGGCUUUGUCCGGCUCGCUGGUGGCUGCGUCGAGGCCUGUCCGACUCGACGCGCUUGGCAGUUUGUGAUCCCACACACCUUCUCCAGCAGGUCAAAAUGCAAAUCUUCGUGAAGACCCUGACGGGCAAGACCAUCACCUUGGAGGUGGAGCCCAGUGACACCAUUGAGAACGUGAAGGCCAAGAUCCAGGACAAGGAAGGCAUCCCACCGGACCAGCAGAGGCUCAUCUUUGCCGGCAAGCAGCUGGAAGAUGGCCGCACCCUUUCUGAUUACAACAUCCAGAAGGAGUCGACCCUGCACCUGGUCCUCCGCCUGAGGGGUGGGAUGCAGAUCUUCGUGAAGACCCUGACCGGCAAGACCAUCACCUUGGAGGUCGAGCCCAGUGACACCAUUGAGAACGUGAAGGCCAAGAUCCAGGACAAGGAAGGUAUUCCCCCUGACCAGCAGAGGCUGAUCUUUGCCGGCAAGCAGCUGGAAGAUGGCCGCACCCUGUCCGACUACAACAUCCAGAAGGAGUCGACCCUGCACCUGGUCCUUCGCCUCAGAGGUGGGAUGCAGAUCUUCGUGAAGACCCUGACCGGCAAGACCAUCACCUUGGAGGUGGAGCCCAGUGACACCAUUGAGAACGUCAAGGCCAAGAUCCAGGACAAGGAAGGUAUUCCCCCUGACCAGCAGAGGCUGAUCUUUGCCGGCAAGCAGCUGGAAGAUGGCCGCACCCUGUCCGACUACAACAUCCAGAAGGAGUCGACCCUGCACCUGGUCCUUCGCCUCAGAGGUGGGAUGCAGAUCUUCGUGAAGACCCUGACCGGCAAGACCAUCACCUUGGAGGUGGAGCCCAGUGACACCAUUGAGAACGUGAAGGCCAAGAUCCAGGACAAGGAAGGCAUCCCACCGGACCAGCAGAGGCUCAUCUUUGCCGGCAAGCAGCUGGAAGAUGGCCGCACCCUGUCCGACUACAACAUCCAGAAGGAGUCGACCCUGCAUCUGGUCCUCCGCCUGAGAGGUGGGAUGCAGAUCUUCGUGAAGACCCUGACCGGCAAGACCAUCACCUUGGAGGUCGAGCCCAGUGACACCAUUGAGAACGUGAAGGCCAAGAUCCAGGACAAGGAAGGUAUUCCCCCUGAUCAGCAGAGGCUCAUCUUUGCCGGCAAGCAGCUGGAAGAUGGCCGCACCCUGUCUGACUACAACAUCCAGAAAGAGUCCACUCUGCACCUGGUCCUUCGCCUCAGAGGUGGGAUGCAGAUCUUCGUGAAGACCCUGACCGGCAAGACCAUCACCUUGGAGGUGGAGCCCAGUGACACCAUUGAGAAUGUCAAGGCCAAGAUCCAGGACAAGGAAGGUAUUCCCCCUGACCAGCAGAGGCUCAUCUUUGCCGGCAAGCAGCUGGAAGAUGGCCGCACCCUGUCUGACUACAACAUCCAGAAAGAGUCCACUCUGCACCUGGUCCUUCGCCUCAGAGGUGGGAUGCAGAUCUUCGUGAAGACCCUGACCGGCAAGACCAUCACCUUGGAGGUCGAGCCCAGUGACACCAUUGAGAAUGUCAAGGCCAAGAUCCAGGACAAGGAAGGUAUUCCCCCUGACCAGCAGAGGCUCAUCUUUGCCGGCAAGCAGCUGGAAGAUGGCCGCACCCUUUCUGAUUACAACAUCCAGAAGGAGUCGACCCUGCACCUGGUCCUCCGCCUGAGGGGUGGCAUGCAGAUCUUCGUGAAGGCCAAGAUCCAGGAUAAGGAGGGCAUCUCCCCCCAAGCAGCUGAAAGAUGGCUGCACUCUUUCUGAUUACAACAUCUGAAAGAGUCAACCCUGCUCCUGAGGGUUGGCUAUUCAGUCUGCAUUCCCAGUGGGCAGUGAUGGCAUUACUCUGCACUCUAGCCAUUUGCCCCAAUUUAAGUUUAGAAAUUACAAGUUUCAAUAAUAGCUGAACCUCUGUUAAAAAUGUUAAUAAAGGUUUUGUUGCAUGGUAAGCA